UUGGGUUUUACAGUCCCCUUCUUCCUCCUCCUCUUCCUCUUCCUCUUCCUCCUUCCUCCUCUGGUCGAUACCUGCAAAUUUUUGUUCUGGGUUUGGAAUCUCUUGAAUCCGAGUCGACCCAUUCUUCUGAAGAUCCUAAUUCGAUCGAGAAGAAGGUCGGAGCUGAAGAAAGCGACGAGUGGGGCGACUGAUAUGCAGCACAUGAAGAGAUCGGCCGCGUGUCUCAACGUCCGAUGGACCGGUUUGAUGAGACUGCGGAAUGGGUCGUCUUCUCUGCCGGACCUCCAGCGUUCGAGUUCGGUGUCCGAGGUGGGCCUGUCUUCGUUCUCGUCGUCGGCAGUCGCCACGAGCAGUCGCAGCAAAUCUGGUGUAUUUAAGUCGGGUUAUGUGAGAAGUACACUUCAUACUGAACUUAUGACUAAGGGGAUACUUGGGGCCAAAGGAAUCCAUGUGCCCUUAAGAGUGCUACACAAUAGGAAAGGUAUAAGGCUAUCCCCAUCACAGCUCCUGUAUACAGGAGCCAAUGUAGAUUGUAGAAUCCCUUCGUUAUCCAGAUCCUUUGCUUCCCGAUCUUCAGAGAAAAAGGGAGAGACUGCAUCAGAGACAAAGAAGGAUGUAUCUACAAUUGAAGAUCCCUUUGAUGCUCCUACCUAUAACAUACCUGAAAAACCUGUCACGUUUGUAGAGGGGGCUUCAUACAGUCUCAUCAUUCUUGCGGGGCUUGGCAUUGCAGCUGCUGCAGCAUAUGGUGUUUUCAAUGAGCUCAUAUUCCAACCAAAAGAGUACAAGAUUUUCAACAUGGCUCUGAAAAGGAUUCAAGAUGAUAGUCAGGUUAGGAUAAGGAUUGGAUCACCAAUCACUGGAUAUGGUCAAGAAAGUAGGAAUCGAGCUGCACGCCAACGUAUUCCACACAGGGUCUGGACUGAUGAAGAUGGUGUAGAGCAUAUUGAGGUCAAUUUCUAUAUCCGUGGGCCCCAUGGAGCCGGAAAAGUUUUUUGUCGAAUGUUUAAAGACAAAGUGGAGAAGCAGUGGAAGUUCACAAGUUUAAUUGUCCAGAUCAUGUCACCUUCCCCUGCGCAAUUGUUAUUGGAGUCUUAUGUGCCAGCUUAAAUAAUCUGAAGGACUCAUUUGACAGAGAUGAAUCGCACUUCUGCCUUAUUUAUUGUGGAGUAGAUCUCAGACCAAGUCAAGUUAAAGGUAUUUUUUAGGAUGGUAAAAUUUCUGUAUCUUUUUUCUUUUUCUCAUUUUCAUAUUUUGAUAUCAAUGGCAAGAGCGCGAGGGGAGUUUUGUAGCAUCUCCGCAAUUUUCUAGCCUGGAUUAGUUUUUGGUUUUGUUUUUAAAAUUUUAUUUUUUUCCUAUUUUCGACCUGAAGAGGAAACUCCUUUCACUUUCUUCAUAAUGAAUGCUGCUGAUUUAAUGAG